AUGAUGCGGGAAGCACACAAACAGAAAUACAAAAAAACACACGAUAUUGGUAUGAACGGAGCACGAUACAUUAAUGAAGGAGGAGAGCAAGACGGGGGGACACGAGGCGGUGGAACACAAGAUAAUGAAGGAGGAGAACAAGAAGGGGAGACACAAGGCGAUGGGACACAAGGCGAAGAAUUACAGGGCGGGGAAGCACAGGACGGGGAACAGGACGCGGAAACUCCGGACGAGGAAGCUCCGGACGAGGAAGGGCAUGAUGCUUGGAAAGAUUAUUUCCUUCACGUAUCGGAUUGGGACGGCGAGAAAGAUUCGGAUGGUUACCCAGAGGAUGGGAAAACGUCGGAAAGUGGUAGAAGCACUCCGGUCGACGAAACCCUCGUUAAAUCCAGUUUAGAAGACAUCGCAUUGGAAGUGUAUGCCGCUUUAUAUUCAAAAUACGGGGACAAAGUGGGUGUCGUUAAAAAAUAUUAUGAUAGCUCAGCUGUGUUCCAAGAUCCGUUAGCAAUUGCUGAAGGACACGAAAAUAUUUAUCUACAAUUUGAACUUCUUUCCUCUCUCGUGACUGAUGUGACGGCGCAGUUUUUGGCCGUAACUGUCUCACCCCGCCGUUACAUGGCAGCGAAACAGCUUGUUGUCAUUGACGCUAUUCUCAGCUACCAUUUCCCCUUAUCGCAAAAGUUAUCUCUUCGUAGCACAACCGUGUUUAUUUUUGAUGAUGAACGAAAGAUUAUCAGUCAUGAAGACGUGUGGAGCGUGUCCGAUCUUAUCAAAAAUAUACCAAUCAUCGGGUGGAUAUAUGGAAAUAUUGGUAGAAAGGUUAGCGCUGUUGCAAUCAAUUCGCUUUAUUCAUUUUGUAGAGGUACUGUCUCGAGACUGAGUCAGAAAGUUGAACAAUAA